AUGGGGGAUUACCAUAAAUUACUGAACGGUAUCGAGUUAGACGAAAUCGAGAAGAAUAUAGGUGUAGAUAGCGUACCAGUGGUCAAAGACGACUCGUCUCAUAAUGAGGCCAACUUCCACACCAGAAUUCAUGUACCUGAAUCGAGGAAUAAGUUCAAGGUUAAUGCCCCCAGUAAAUAUUUGAAAGCAAUAGAAAAAUAUUUCUACAAGGGCUGUUGGUUAUUUGGAUACAUUAUAGGAGCCACAGUUGUAUUUAUAGCGUUGAUCUUCGCAUUCGUAGCCAUUUGGUAUUUGUUUUUUGGAGUUGUUGGAAUACUAAACCAGGCUACCGAUGGCUUCUUUGGUCUAUUCGAUGUCCAGGAUGCGGAUAAAAGCAUUCACCAUCUAAUGACAAUAUUUGAACUAUCAGAAUAA